AUGGAGGAGACGCGGCACGCAACGAACGCCGGCGUCGACGUCGACGACGAGGAGGAUCCCUUUGCGGUGUUCAAUACGUCCUCGCCAGCGACGCCCGCGGCGUUGACGGCACCCGCGGCUUCCGGCGGCCGCACCGUCGCCGCUGAGGCGUCGCCGACCGUGUCGGGCCCCCCGUUGGGGGGCGGUCGCAGUGUCUCCGUCACGGAGGCGUUGGGCAGCGCCGCCCCAAGCGGCGCAUCGUCCAUCAUGCAUAUCGUUUCUGCGUCUCCCCGCGAGGGUCUUGAGGCGGCGGCCGCCGUCAACCGGCACUCCCCCGCGGAGCGCGUGCGUGCGGCCGCGAUGCAGGAGCCCAGCAGCGGCAUUACCGUUAGCCACCCCACGAAGAGCUGCGAGCAACUAUCACUGGUGCUUGUGCAACACCCCUAUGCCACUUUUAUGGAGACGCGCCGUCGCCUUGCCGCUGCGGGCGCACCUCCCUCGCUGACGGUUAUAGGCGUCGUCGUUCGAAAGACAGAUCCACGGCAAAAAAAUGGCAAACACACCUACGGCAUAGCCACGCUAUGGAGCAUGCGAGGACCCUUCCCAACCCCGCCGGAGGAGCUGUCUGUCCUGCUUGGCGGCUCGGCGUUUGACGUGCACUACACAAGGAUUGCGACAGGGAUCGUGCUGGCGCUCUCCGGCGUGCAGCGGAUGGAAGGUCGCAGGGAAGCGUCCGCAAGCAGCGCGCAAACCGCAGCCACCACGUUGACUCCUGCUGCUGCACCCAGGACGAACACUGGCGGUGUUGGGAGCAACACUUCAGAGCUGCUGAAGGUGGUGAAGGGGGAGCAGGUGCGUGCCCUUGGCUACGCAGCGGAUCUCGCCACUUGCCAAGCGAUUCAGCAGCACACCGGGGAACGCUGCAAUCGGAUUGUGAACGGCGCGAUUUCAAAGUUUUGCUCAAACCACGUCUCGAAUCUGCGGCGGGCGGCGCGUGGCGGUGCGGCGUCGUCGGCCACCGCCACACGGCCGCAGUCUCCGGCGAGUGCCAAGCGACCCCCCACGAGCUUUGCAUCUGGCGCCACACGUGUGAAUCUUUUGCCGCGGAACCCAACGGGCGUGGUCGCGUCCAAGACUGCCCUGCAGUCGUUGGUGCGCCAGCAGCCGGGGUUCUUAACGGUGAAGGGCUCGUGUGGGCUACCAACGACGACGCCCGCCGGCUCCGACGUCACCUCCGCCGCUGGGGCCUACGCGGGUGUUGUGUCGGGCGGUGCGUUGCCCGUCACGGGGAUGUGCCGUGACGUGGGACGUGUUUUCAGCUCCCCGCAGUCGCUUGGCGUCACGGCACGCGGGCGAGCCGUCCUUGCCGCGGCGGUGCACCAGGAAGACGCAAAAGAGCGCCGACGGCUGCUGCAACUUGCGAUUACACCGAAGGAGUUGGGCGUCAAACGCUCCCGCAACGACAGCAGCUCCUCCGCAGCGGCGACGGUGGCGCAGGAGGUGGAGGCGGUUCGUGAGCAGUACGCGCCGCCGUUGGGCGACCGCGCCCCGUCCUCCUUCGCCCCGAUGCGAUGCAGCGGCUUUGAGGAGGUGCGUCUCCGCCGUCAGGACUAUCAGCAUCGCGUCGUGACGAGGCGAGCCGACGGCACAACAAGUUCCAUUGUUUCUGCUGUGGAGCAACGCCUCCGCAGUGAUGGCGUUCUCGCACAAACGGGGGCCUCACGUGCCCAGGCAGAAAGCGAGGAAGCCGCCCCGCAUGCGGAGGGCGCGGCCCCCGCCUCUACAUCACUGCUCAGCGUCGUGGCGGGCGCCAUGGGCAGCGUGAACGACGACCUCCGCGUCGCGGAUGAGCGGCGCAAGUUUGAGCAUCGCAUGGAGCGACGUCUCGUGCAGGACAAAGCCCUUGAAGCCCUCGCGGGAGUGACGGAGCAAACUGUAAAGGGAGUUUACUGCCGGCAGUGCGAACGUUGGUAUCUGCGCCGCAACGACCGCUGCAAGAUGCUACGGCACACCUUGGAGACAAGGGAGACAACACGACGCUUCAUUGAGUGUGAACACUGUGGAUACAAGACCAGCCUGCUUGGGGACGUGCGCCCGUCGAAGAUGAUCCCGCGGUGCCCAAGAUGCUGCGCCGAUGCAGUAUGGAAGGCGAGUAACGCGGCACCUGAAUCAUCGGCCUCACUAAAAGGUCCUCUGCAGCUCUGA